AUGGACUCGGCAGGGACUGAGAGGCGACCUGGGGCCCAAGAGGGGACGGCCGAGCGGCCUGCACAGGUCGCGGAGGAACCCAGUGGCCACGCUCAGAGUUCUGAGUGUCUAGUGAUGGGAAACCAGGGCCUGGUGUCAGCCCAUGAAGCCUGUGGGGCCCAGGGUGAAGACAAGUGCCCAACAGGACCAAUCUCAGAGCCAGAGCUCCAGGGGGACCGCCUCAAGCUGGAGGAAGAGCGGCUCAAGCCAGAGGCAGAGGCACUAGAGGAGAGAGGCCCCAGGCCCAUGGCCUCCGUUGUGAAGUCCAGUCAUGGUCCAAAGAGAAAGCCUGUCAAGUGAGGGGGAUUUCGGAGGAAAAGAGCAGCAGGGCUGCCAGGGGCCCAUCAUCCCAGGGCUGAAGCUGAGCUGUCCCAGGGGCUGCUGCCGCAGAGGGAGGACCUGGAGGGUAGCCAGAGUGAGCCCUCACCGUCUGCCAAACAGCACAAAAAAGCCAAGAAACGCAAGAGCCUGGGGGCCCCAGUGCUCCCAGCUGUGACCAACACAGUGUCUGCAUCAUCAGAGACCUUGGGGCUGGAGCGAAAGGCCCAGCGCCUACGGCCCCUGUACCAGUACAUCAACUAUUGCAACCCUGAGCUGAAUGAGGUAGGGGAAGGGGAUAGGGAGGCUGAGGUCGAGGUGGAACCUCAGUCGGACCUGGUCCCCGAGGAGGCCUGUGUGGAGCAACUGCCAGCCUCGCUGCCUGCGGCAGGUGAGCUGAGCUCGGGCCUGACCCUGCCCUGCCCCAGUAUGUUCAUGUCUCCCACUCAUGCUCUGGUUCCCCUUGGGGAGGAGGCUGGAGAAGAGCCUGGGGGUUUGCCCAGUUUGGGGGUCAGCGGCUUACUCAAGACUGAGAUGGAUAAGUCAACUCAGGUGGACAUCAACAAGAUGCUGAGUGUCUGCGCUGCCCCACUUGUACCCCCACUCUCUCCUCAGUACAAGUGA